AUGUCCGUUCAGCAGGACCGGGUGCUGCAAAUCUCUGGCAAUAUCCCAGGCGUGCUUGACCCAACACAAACAUCUCGUUUGCUUCGUAUCCCGACAGCUACCCUCUCGUUUGCUGCAUUCGAUCCACGCGCCGCAACCACAGAUUCAGGCCUCGGCUUCCCUUCAAUAUCCCUCAACGAAGAACUUUAUCGUCCCAAACGCGUCGUGAUUGAAUCACUACCCGAUGGCAGGAGUUUCUGGCGAUUUGUCCCACGUGCGAAAUGGGAGCCCGAUGUAGAGGAUGAAGGAGAUUGGCCUAGAAUUAUCGACAUCUGCGGGGACCUGGUAGAAUGCUCUCGUGAUCAGUGGGAUAUCUAUAAACUUGAUCCGCAAUACGAGUGUCUCGUUCGCACCCCUCCACACCUCACCGUCAUCUCAAAGAAGCCGCCACAGAAGCCGCCCGUUCAGUCGGAAUCUUCGCAGACUACUACCAUCCCAUCCAAUGCCUCAUCGACCACCAACCCAUUACACUCCAAGCGUCGAUUGUCUGCAUCCCCCUCCCCGCCACCAGUUGCUGGGCCCUCCACGAGUGCUCCCCGAGAAGCCAAAAGACGUCGACAAGACGUGGCUACGUCAGAAGAAAGCGAAAGCGAAAGUGAUAGUGAGUCAGAGGAAGAGGAAGAGGACGAAGUCGAAGCGAUGAUGGUGGACAGUUCUCAGCGCCCGCGUUCGAAGGUGAAGACUAUACCUUCAUCGUCAAAGCCUAGUAUGUCGGCGAGGCAGAAGAGCGGCGCUGCAGCCGAUGAAAGGCGUCGGGCAUUGCAGCAGAAAAUGUCCAAGCUUCGCGCCCAAUCGGCCGCACCUGAGCCCCAGUCAAAUGGGUUUGCUCGGGCUUCUGAGUAUGUUAAUCCUCCACCGUUCCAACCUCAGCCGGCAACAUCAACCUCUCAGGCCAGUCCAACAAAACGAAAGGGCGCGCCUUCUUCACCGCCACAUGGGACUUCGCGUUCACCGGAGCCAGAAGAUUAUCCACGCUUCAAGCGCCAACGGACUCUCUCUCCAGACAGGCGCGGUGCUUCAGAAAAGAUGAAGAGGCGGGAGCGAACUCGGGCCGACGAGAUGGCCAAACGGUUCAAUGCCCGUAAAGAGCACCGGAAUCGCCAGUUUAUGGACGAAAUACUAGAUGGCAUACCAGAGUACGUUCCUGCGUCUGAUGGUACCUCUCACGAGCAAGGAAAGCCUCCAGAACCACCGAGUGAGGAUGACUCAAAAGAUAGCAAAGCGAAAGACUCUGAUACGGACGAGGACGCUGCAGUACGCCCAGCAGCCAUCGAGGAAUCUCGUCGAAAACUCGCGGAGCUAGAGAAAGAUCGUGACAUCUGGGAGCGCGCCACUCGAGAUCGGCAAUUACGAGAACAAGAAGAGGAGGAAGCACGUCAACGGAAACGGCGUCGGGAAGAUGCAGAGCGAAGGGCUGCUGUCGAGCGUGAACAAGAAGAAAUUCGGCGGCGCCUGGAGAGAGAGAAACGAGAAUACGCACAGACUCAGAGACGCGAGCAGGAGGAGAGAACACGGAAGCGAAACGAGAGAUGGGCUCGAGGCCCAUGGACACCGCAGCGCGCUCUCGAGCGAUACAAGGCAGUCUGUGACACUUUCGAUACCACGAAGUUCUCUUCGUCCGAGCCACUUACCUUCGAUACUGUUCCAUGGCCGACGUUGAUCUCGCCUGUGACGCUGACGGUAGAGGAUGUGGAAUGGGGGACCGUGGAGAAAUUCUUCGAAUCGGUCAGGUCGCACAUGGCUUGCAACGAGUACAAAGUGCUUGUGGAGAAGAGCCACAGGAGAUUCCAUCCGGAUAGGUGGAGCUCUAGGCGUUUGUUGCAUACCGUUGCAGAUGAGACAGAGAGGAGUAGUCUGGAAGUGGCGGCAAACACUGUGGCGCAGGCCUUGACACCGCUGUGGCGCAAACUAAAGGAACAGUAGAUGUAUAUACUUGUGUAUUUUUGAGCCAAUGUAUGUUGAAUAGGAUCUAGUGCGGUCGGCACAGUAUCAUACCUUG